AUCUCACUGACCUUAACAACCAACAGCCAAAGCCCUCUUCCACGCCGAAUAUAUAUACAGAAAAUGGAAAAAGUAUGGUUCAAACUCCGCCAACCAGACCACCCCGCACCACCCGAAGCAACCCUCCUCUCGGGCCGUAACGACCCCAACGCCAGCCCGCAAGAGAUUCAAAACACCAUAACCCUCGGCCACCUCAUCCCCGACCUCAAGCAUCUCGACAGCCCCAUCAACGCACACCACAUCCUCCCCUUCCCGCCGCGCAUGUAUGUCUAUCACACCUCCACGACAAAUUUUGCCUGGCACUCUACCAGCCAGACAGAUAACACUGGAAAACUCAAGCUGAAAGCCCCGAUCGCUAGCGCUGUCACUCCUGGCGGGGUGACGCCGGGCGUUGGGGCCAGCCUUGCGUUCAAGAAGGCAGUUGAGAAUCACGAGGCCUAUGAGCGGGUGGAUACCUAUGUCGUCACCCCGACGAGACAGUAUGUCACGGAUUGCUUGGAAGCUCUAGAGGAGGAGGAAGGGUCGGCAUGGGGUGGUGGGCGAAUGCGGGCAUGGACCCUGUAUAUGAUCUCCGGGAUUAAGAUUGCGCGGUGCGGCGGGAAAGGUGGGGAGAGCGUGACGACGGAGUCGCGCGGGAAGGCGGGGAAUGCGGGGCCGGAUGUGGACGUUGCCGGUAUCGCGAGCGUGACAGCGACCCUGGAUCUCUCGCACGAAGAGUCAACUACCAUCCAGGGUACGCAUCAGUCGGAUUUUGUGUGGGCGGUGCGGUUGGCCAAGGUGCAUAAGGGGUGGUUGUCGAGGAAUUGGUCGCUGGAUCCGUAUUCCACGGGAGCUACAUUCGGUGUUGGGACGGAUGGCGAGGAUUUGGAUGUGGCCAAGGUUCUCGAGGAGGAGGGUCUAGAUCACUUUGAGGUGCUUGCGGAUGAUGAAUUUGAUGAGGCUUUGGUGGUUUUGGUAGACGAUUGAUUAAUGUUUCCUUUGGAGGAAGUAAACGGAGAAAGAGGGAGCCUUGAUAGAGAAAAGCAUGCGUCUCCUGACGCCAAAUGGUUCCAAUUCGGACGCAAGACAGUUAUGCUCGUUAAAAAAGGAAGG